AUGGGGAGAAAACCCUGCUGUAACAAACAAGGGGUGAACAAGGGAGCAUGGUCUGCUGAGGAAGAUGAAGUCCUCGUUCGUUACAUAGAAACACAUGGACAAGGCAAAUGGAGAGACAUUCCUAUGAGAGCUGGGUUAAACCGGUGCGGGAAGAGCUGCAGACUGCGAUGGCUGAAUUAUCUUAGGCCAGAUAUUAAGAGAGGGGAUUUUUCUGCCGAUGAAGAGGACCUCAUUUUCAAAUUACACAAGCUUCUUGGAAACAGGUGGACCCUUAUCGCCGGAAGAUUGCCUGGACGAACAGAAAAUGAGAUAAGGAAUCACUGGAAUAAUAUUCUGAGCAAGAGGAUAUUAGAACAAGCUACACAGAAUCACAUCGAGGAUCAUGAUCAUCACCACCAUCAGCAUGAUGAAUCACCUAGCAAUAGAUUAACUGAAGAUAUAAGUCACGUGGAAGAUCAAAACAAGGGCAUUCGAACAAAAGCAAUAUUUGAGCUCACGAAGGAUGUAAUUAACCCAUCUACUAUUGCUCUUGAUAAUCGCAGUACCAUACACAAAUUCAAUCAUCAUGAAAUGGAAAAAGCAAUAUCCUCUUCGUCCUCAGUAGUGGCUGAUCUUCACCAUCAAGAGCUGUCGAACUCGUCUGCUACUUUCGUUAAGGAUUUUGACAUUUACUUAUCCAACGAGCUGAAAAGCACACAUGUGGUGACGGCGGAUGCGGUAGGAAAAUUAAGCCCUCUUAAUAAUUUUUCAGUUGCAGAAGGACUCUAUGAGCUUGAAGAUUGGAUAAUCAUGGAGGAUACUAUAUCAAGGUCGGAAUAUUGGAAAGCUAACCAUCACGAACCAUUUCAACCAAGUGAUGAGGACCAUGUACAUCUCAAUGCCUUUCAGCUUUUCGAAUUCUGA